AUGCAUAAUAUGUUUGCUGCUGCUACCAAAAGUUUUGUUAAGCAAGUUGGUGAUGGAGGUCGAUUAAUUCCUGUCCGGAGCCUGAGCGAAGCAGAUAAAUACCAGCCUCUCAGUCUUGUCAUCAAGAAGAAAAGCUGUAUUCUUUCCAGACGAUCAAGAUUUAUUUCAACACCAUUCAGCUUGAAAGACAUUCUUCAAGGAGAAAAAGAAAUUUCAGCUGGCAUUGCAUCCUACCAGUUACUGAACUAUGAAGACAAAUCAGAUGUAGCGCUGAACGGUAGACGAGGAAAUCACAUCAUGAGCUCUGCUGGGGUCAAUAUUGCUGGAUCGGAUUCCCUUGCAGUGAAAGCUUCAUUUGGCAUUGUAACUAAACAUGAAGUUGAGGUACCAACGUUACUCAGAGAAAUGGCCAAUCGAAAAAUGAAUUUCGAGCAUUGCCUUGUCCGCCAGUCGCGAGAAAGUAAGAGGACUGUCCUUUGUGUGGUCAUGGAGAGCAUUAGAACAACACGGCAGUGUUCACUGUCUGUGCACGCGGGCAUGAGAGGGGACACAAUGCGGUUUCAUAUUAUUGAUGACCAUAAUUACAAAGGACGAGACAGAGCAAUCGUUUUCCCUGCACACACAACAAUUGCAUUUAGUGUGUUUGAACUGUAUAUCCAGUUGGAUGGUAAUUUUGAGCUCUGUGUUGCUCCAGAAUCCAGAGGAGGAUUUGAAAAAGAACCAUCAAGAUCAUUUUCACUCAUCAGAUUAAGGAAUACCCUGUUUCAUCGAAACAAGAGGGUAAUGGAUAUCAUUGCUCACCCAGAUAAUUACUUAGAUGACCUUUUUGCGGACUACUACGAAAAGGCAGCCAGCUUGACGGACAUCUCUGCAAGCUAUUUCCGAGAAGGAGCUCACAUACGUGUGAAUUUACUCAAUAACAACAUCCCCAAGGGCCCUUGUUCCCUGUGCGGGAUGGGCAGCUCCAAAAGGGAAACCGUUUAUGGGUGCCUGGAGUGUUCUUUCAAUGGACAGACCUUUGUAAGACUACAUGCUGUGCCUUGCUUUGACCUAUGGCAUAAGAGGUUGAAGUAAGCCUUUAAAUAAAGACAUUGGAGUUGGAUCCAGGUGACUAGUUGCCCUGAACACCACAGGACUUUCUGUGAAUCACAGGUAACUGGUUUUAAUGGUCCCUAAACACAACUAACUUCAGCCUGGGCCCAAUCUUUUAUCAACAUUUAGCCGUGU